AUGAGCCACGCGGAAAAUCUGGAGACAGAAAAGGCCGUGUCAAACCUCGACAGCGCCAAGCUGGCCCACAUGACCGACAACACAGCCGAGGGAGACAUCCUCGAGCCCCUGCAAUUCCUCUUAGCUGCCCGCCGUGGCGUUCAUCAGGACCCUUGUUUUGCCAAUAGCCAUGUCCCCGAUGACCGGGCCAUCACCUUCAGAGGUCCGUCUGGGGUUAAGGCAGCCCCGGACCGAUCGUCUCGAUGGAGUCGGUUCGUCCGCCACGUCGGUUAUCUUCCGACAAUGUCUCGCAUUGUAGUAACUUGGACCGCUUUCUACGCAGCCGCAUACCUCGGCACCUUCAUCACAGAAACCAAAGACGAAAAGACAGGUAAAACAAAAGGAAACAUCUACUACGGCAUGAAACUAGGACUCUGUUUCUCAGCAAUUGUCCUCGCUUUCCUCAUCGCCGCUGGCCGAUCUGCACGCAAACAAACGAUCGCAGCUAUCCCACCCGAAUUCGAUCAAGCAUCUUACCAAUGUCGCUUAUUGAACGCGAUGCACCAACGUGGAUAUCACUACCAGGAGAUCAAGGUUAUAAGUCUGGAGAAGAAGAUGAAAUAUUGGAGCCAGGAUCCGGGUCAUCGGGAGUGUUUCACUAUCAAGGGACUUGUGGAUUCGGGGAGUCCUGCUGGUGCUAGUGGGGUUUAUGAUGUUGUGGUGAAUUUUUGGAAGGAUGGGAGGCUUAAUUUGCGGUUUUGUCCGAUGGAGGAGAAUAGUAAUGAAGAUGCGUCUGCUGGGAAGCCGGGGUUGAUUCUGGAGUGUCAGGGGAAGGAUAAUGUUUAG